GUAUGGCUGAGCCGGCGUCUGCCAUUAUAACCCUCAUUGUGUUUGCCUAUAACGCAAGCAAAUCACUAUACGAAGCGGUAGAUAGUUUCCAAAGCCAACGGCAGACGAUUAAAGAUGUUCUUUCCGACCUAGGCGCUCUCACCACGGUGCUCGAAACCAUUCGGGCAAAGGCAGAAUCCUCGCAAGAAGCUGGAUCGCUUGAGGUUCUCAGGAAACCCCUGGACUGCUGCGCCAAAACCUGUCAAGAAAUGCACGAAAUGCUCAAUGAGUGUACAAAACACUCAAAGGAUGGGCAGACCAGUGUGCGACUCUGGCUCAAGAUGCGCUGGCACGAGAAAAGUUUCGAUGUGAUGAAGAAUCGGCUGUCCAGUUAUAAAUCAACUCUCGUUAUCGCCUUUCAGGUUAUCAACAUUCAGGAUCACUCCGUCACCCAGAGUUCCUUAGAUGACUUGAAAAACCUGAUUAGUGGUACCCGUGAGGACCUGGAAGACCAGCUGGAGGAAGUACAAAGAGACAUCGAAGAUGCAGCAAUAUCGGUGCGGGAAGUCCUUCAAGACGAACAGGCUCGCUUGCAAAGUAUUCUGGCCAGUGUCGAAAAAGCGCAGGAAGUGUUGAAUACAACUCAGCCUAAGCUCGUUAUAGAGAGCAACAAAGCUGGCGAUGGGAGCCGCGCAAUAUUCGGGACUGACACCUCUCAACCACACUUUGAGUUGAAAGUGGCAAACAAUGAGGCCGGAGUAGGUGCUGUGAUGAGCGCUGGCGUUCACAGUCCUGAGACCCUCCAAGCACUCUUGCAACAAUCUCAAACACCGGACCUCGCGCUCGCGCUCCAGGCUUUGCAGACCCAGUCGUCCCACACCGCCAACGAGGCUUUGCAAAAUGUUUUGAACAAGAUGGCGGCUGACCGGAACCAAACUCUUCCCGAUGCACCCCGAAGAAAUCUGUUGGUUAACGCAGAAGAUUCCGACUUCAUAGAAGGAAUGCAGUUUGCCCAACGGACUGGUUCAAGGCGUGGUAAUGCUCGUGCGGAUGAUAAGGUGUUCGCACGGCCAAAAUGAAAUUUUACGUGUCUACAUUUUCAUGGGCAUUAUCCUAGGGGGGAAAAUUGACUGCUGCGUCCCCAAUUAGAUCCUGAUCGACAUAGUGUUAUCGAUGUCUCCGCUGUCGUUAAACAAACUUGGUCGGGAUAUUGACAAUAUUGCAACUAAGUGGUUUACAGCUAAUCGCGUUCGCAUUAUUUCCCCUGGCGCAAAGCUCUCCUAUAUACGCACCUUGCCUGUGAUUUCUUCCAGCCGUGCCUUUUAAAUGUUCCCGGUGGACAAGUAAAUCAAUACCGUUCGCGCCUUUACUGGAUAUCAGAUAAUAAAUACCACACCGCGCAUCUUCAGAACUUAGCUCUAACGGCCUUCCUGCAGUACAGGCAAUGCGAAGCACGCACAGGUAGCCAUUAAGCAGUUAAAAGGGCCCAACCUAAGGAACAGAUUAUCC